GAAGGACGUGUUUGAUUCGAUCUUGCCAAUUGAUCGCUUGAAAAUUGUUGAGAUUUUGUUUUUUUUUUCUCUGUUUCCGUGCGUUGAGUUUGAAUGUGCGGAAGCUGCUCAUUGAAAGUUUUUUUUUUGAGGAUUGUACAUGCGUCAGCUUGUGUUUGUGGCUCUAGUCUGCAGAGUUGACGUUUGUGUAUGUAAUGUGUGUGUGUGUGUUUGUUGGCUGGAGUGUGAGUUGAGACGGUCCUCUUCACUACCUCAGGACCAGAGAGCGCUGAAGAGCGCAGAAAUGGAGAGAUUCUCUGCAACUGCGUGAGAGAUUAUCCCUGGGCUAUUGGUAGUGACAUGCCAUGCACUGAUCUUAACAAGGGCUGGUUCAAUGUAACUACAUCAGCGAUGGAGGAAUACCAGACUCUGGCGUAUGAUACAGCCUUGAGCACUUUAGUGGCGGUGCUGGUCUACGUGCUGCUCAAAGUGAGUGUGGACGGUUACCGGCAGUGGAGAGCCCGGGUCAAGGUGCUGAUCGUGGGUUCGGGUCCAGUAGGGCUGACCGCCGCUCUCAUCGCCGCCCGCUCCGGGAAAGUGCAGCGCUUGGUGCUGCUGGAGGAGCGCGGCCGCACCGCUCUGCUGGCCCGACCCCAGCAGAUCGCCCUGGACCCCUGCAGCGUCCGCUUCCUGCUCGAGCUCGACGUCGAUUUUGACAACAUGGAAGGGUGCUGGCACAACGAGCACUUCUUCACCAAGGUCGGGGUCUUCCAGGAAUACCUGCUCAGCCUCCUGGAGAAGAAGAAACAGGAGAUGGACAUCCAGAUCCUGCUGGGGACCAAGUUCACCGAGGAAUACCUGAAGAAGAUUCCAACAUGUGAGCUGCCCCGUGUGAUUGUGGUUUGUGAUGGUUCCUGUGGUGGUUCAAGUUCUGUACUUGGAGUCAGCUCAGACUACAUUGUGGAGUCCUGCAAUGCUUAUGGUGCUAAUGCAGCCAUAGAGAGAGCAGACCAGCGACAGGUCCCCACUCCAGAGAUCCGUGCUCACAGUUUGUACUUUGACCUGUCUGCUUAUGGGGUGGAGUUCUCCUCCAACAACAAGGAAGGCUCGGAGUCCUCUACUUUGAGGCCAGGCUCCCACCUAAAGAUCUAUGGCACUUUCCGCAACCGCUAUAUGGCUCUUGCUUGCCCAAUGUCGGACUCUAAAGUAGUUAAGUUUCUCCGUCACACACCUAACUCAUCGAUAAUGAGGAAUAUAUUCCAUCAAUCGUUCAAUGCAUACAAAACAGAUAUAGAACCCAGGGUGAAUGACUUGACAAUCCACCUCCUUCAGUGCAGCCGAAGACUAUUCGAGAUCAUGCUGUCACAUAGAAGGGUCACAGCAGCCUACAUCGAAGGAGAUAAUGUUGCAGUCACCAUAGAGGGAGAAGCAGCUAGAGUCUUAAACUUUGAUACAGGUUGUGGAGUGAACCUUGGAUUGAAAGGCUUGGAGUCCUUGGAUGAAUUUAUUUAUAAAAUGGCAACAGCAGUUGACCAAAGUGAUGUUUUCGAAGCACUCUCUGAAAAGAUAAGACACUCGAAACAAAUUGCGGAGGAUUUCCGCCUGAAUGGCUUGACUGUGACCAUGUUUCAGUGAGACAGCGGGGAGGAACAUGGCCAUGGAGAUAUUACACCUGCCAGAAUGGAUCAAGAAUGAGCAACAUGCAAGAAAUUUUUGAGCUUGUCGCUCUAUAGCUCAUGAAAGAUUGUCGACAGAAGUGGUCACAGUAGAGUGGGCAGGGUUCGGCCAAAGUGUAAUGAAGUUUAGAGGCUUCAUUUUGGGUUAAAAGCACAAAGCUAAGAAUAUAACUGGACACCCAGAAAGUUAUUCACAUUUACAUCUAGUUGCAGGAGAGCGUCGAUUGUAAAGUGCUUUAACCUAAAAUUUUCAGAGUUUACAUUAUAAUUUUACUUGCUAAUAAAAAGAUUCUCUAGACCUGGA